GUUAGAUCUACAGAUACAUUUACAGCUAAUUUCAGUAUGUGUUCACGUAUGCAAUGAUAGUUUGCGGAUACGAAUUUUGUAAUCAUCGAUUCGACAAGAAAUUUUUUAUUGCAACGACGAACUUAUUGGUUAUAACAUGUGUCAUGUGGAUCUUUAUUAUUCAUGUUGCUAAUGUAACAUAAUUUUAAGUGAUAGUCGAUCAUAAAACGACCUUUGUGGAGGUUUAGUGUGCAUGCGCUACGUGCACUCAAUCGAGGCAGUGGUGUUACUUUACCUAAGGCAUAUGACGGACGUUAGCAGUUUUCUUUUUACUUUAAGUAUAAAUUGGCAGCAAGAACUGGCCAGAUGAAGGGUGAAUCUAAUUGCUUCUAUGAUAAUGUCAGAUGAUGAUGCUGCAUUGGACUCAAUGGAUACAGAAGAAGAUAUCUUUUCUCCAAGAAACCGUAGCCUGGGCUCUAAUGCCAGAAGGGUUAAAAGUUUGCGUACUUUACGAUCACAUUCAAAUUCUACUUCUCAUAUAUCUAUGAAUAACUUAAGUGUGCGCCGUAGCACACGUCAUAGAAUGCAAACAUAUGAUAAUCUUAACACUAGCUGGAUUUUAGGUACACAAACAUUGAAAGGUUAUCCUAUGUUUCAACAACAUGGUUCUUCAUCUGAUAAAGAAAUGGUGGAUGAAGUUCCUGAAAGAAAACGUGAUGUUAGGGAGCGUAUGCCUCUUAGAUCACGUGAAAAUCAUCCUCCAAAUAAAAACUCAAGACAUAUUAGAGAAAGAACAGAACAUGACAGACAAAAUAAUAGAGAACUUAGAGGAAGAGGUGAUCGUGAUCUUAGAGAAAAAACAGAGCAAGAUAAAGAUAUUAGAGAUCUUAAGGAUAGGCAAGAAAGGGAAAGAACAGACAGGGAACAUAAAGAUAAAAUGGAAACCAGAAGUAAAUCUAACGAGGAAAAGGAUGUAAGAACAAGAAAAUCUGAUAGCCCAAGUAGACUUAGAGAAGGACCUGCUACAAGACUUGGUGGAAAUUUAAGUGAAAAGGAUGUGAAGCCUAAAGUAGAACGUGUUGAAGCUGAUGAAGAUAGCUCACAAGAAAGCGAAAAAGCUGAAAAUAAUGAUAAUUCCGAAAAUGAAGAUGGCUAUGAAGAUAUGUAUACUCGUAUUAAACGAACUAGAAGGACAGCACAACGGCAAUUACCAAGGGGUAAGAAACUUACAGUGGUAGAUAGUGAUUUAAGUGAAUCUUCCGAUUCCCCUGGUCCUAGAAAGUAUAGUUUACGUCAGAAAAAACCAGCUGUAGAUAGAUUUCAAGCUAAUGUAGAACCAGUUCGGCGAUCUAUAAAGGCACUUAGAAGUGUUCUUAGUAAUUCCAUGAGAAGGCGUAAACAUAGAAGCAAAAGUACAAGCUCUAGUGAUUCCAGUGAUUCAGAACCUCAACGUUAUGAUAAGAAGAAAAGUAAAAAAGCAAGGCAAUCAGCAAUACCUCAAGGUGGACCACCUGAUCGUAAAGCAGAUAUAAAUCCAAUUACUUUAGAUACUAAUAUUAGAUUCAAUGAUGUUGGAGGCUUAGAAUCACAUAUUCACUGCCUUAAAGAAAUGGUUGUUUUUCCUAUGAUGUAUCCAGAUGUUUUUGAACGUUUUCAUAUUACCCCACCAAAAGGAGUAUUAUUUCAUGGUCCACCAGGAACUGGUAAGACGUUGAUAGCUAGAGCAUUGGCAAAUGAAUGUAGUCAAGGCAGUAGGAAAAUGUCGUUCUUUAUGAGAAAGGGCGCAGAUUGUCUAUCUAAGUGGGUCGGAGAAUCCGAACGUCAGUUGCGAUUGUUAUUUGAGCAGGCUCAACAAAUGAAACCGUCCAUAAUAUUUUUUGAUGAAAUAGAUGGCCUUGCACCUGUUCGAAGUACGAAACAGGAUCAAAUCCAUGCUAGUAUUGUAUCUACUCUUUUGGCGCUUAUGGAUGGCCUCAGUGAUAGGGGAGAGGUAAUAGUUAUCGGAGCAACAAAUAGAAUAGAUGCCAUUGAUCCAGCAUUACGUAGGCCAGGUCGUUUCGAUCGGGAAUUAUUUUUUCCUUUACCUGCUAUGAAAGAAAGACUAGAGAUAUUAAAAAUUCACGUUAGCAAGUGGAAAAAUCCCCCACCUGAUCAAUUGUUAGAGAUAUUAGCUGAAAAAGCGACAGGUUAUUGUGGCUCAGACUUGAGAGCCUUAUGCACUGAAGCAGUUUUGCAAGGAUUGCGAAGAACUUAUCCGCAAAUAUAUAUAACAAAUAAUAGGUUACUUUUAGAUCCUGAACGAAUCGAAGUGAAAAAACGGGAUUUUUUACAAGCUAGUUCCAUUCUUGUACCAUCAUCACAAAGAGUGUCACCAUGUGCUAGAAGAAAAUUACAACUUUUCAUGGAACCCUUAUUAGGACCUUUAUUGGAAGAGUUACUUAACUCAAUAAAAGGAAUAUUUCCACAAGGAGUUAAUUCUGCUAUGGCAAAAGUGAAAAUUACCAAAGGAAUUCAUCGUCCAAGACUGUUAAUUUCCGGAGGAAAUUUGUCUGAAGGUCAAGGACCACAUUUAGCACAAGCAUUAUUAUAUCAUAUGGAACAUCUACCAAUUCAAACAUUAGAUGUUAGCACUCUUUUUGCAGAAAGUGGGCGAUCGCCAGAAGAAACCUGCGUUCAGGUGUUUAACGAAGCUGCCAGGAAUGUGCCGUCCAUAAUUUAUAUUCGGUCGAUUGAUCAGUGGUGGCCACUUGUACCUGAAACUGUAAAAGCAGUUUUUUUGUGUCGUAUUGCAGCACUUGAUCCUUCUUUGCCCAUUUUAAUUUUAGCCACAAGUGAUAGAACAUAUCAGGAUCUUCCUACUCAACUUCAAAGUCUGUUUAGCGAACUUCGUAGUGAAGUUUAUUCUAUGAAAACACCAACAGCAGAGCAAAGAUCCAAAUUCUUCCGACCUAUUUUCAUGGUUCAGAGCUUGAAACCACCGAAAAUAAAAGAUGACAAAGUAGAAGUUCUAGAGGAGCUUCCUUUAGCACCAGAUCCUUUACCAAAGAAAUUAACGGAAGAAGAGAAGAAAAUAAUAUAUGAAAAAGAAGAAGUUUCGUUAAGAGAAUUAAGAAUUUUCUUGAGAGAAAUUUGUGCAAAACUUGCAAGAAAUAGACAAUUUUUCAUGUUUACAAAACCAGUAGAUACGGAAGAAGUACCAGAUUAUAACAUGAUCAUAAAACAACCUAUGGAUUUAGAAACCAUGAUGACAAAAAUCGAUAUGCAUUGUUACCUUUGUGCUCGAGAUUUUCUUGAUGAUAUCGAUCUCAUUUGUAGAAAUGCUUUGGAAUAUAAUCCUGACAGCUUACGUGAUAGGCCUUCCCUUGGAAUAUUAAAGAGAGAUCCAGCUGACAAAUUGAUAAGACACCGUGCAUGCUCUCUUCGCGAUAAUGCAUACGCAUUAAUAAAAGCAGAAUUGGAUUCUGACUUUGAGGAUAAAUGUCGUGAGAUUUCGAAGAAUCGUAAAAUUAUUGAAAGUACGUCUAACAACGAGGUAGAAAAUAAGAAUCAGUCAAAAGCAGAGCAAUCCACGUCUGGAACCGAACGAACAGAUAAAAAAGACACUGCGAGUCCUAGUCAUUCCUUGAUUGUAAAUGGAAGAAGAUAUAAUAAUUCUAGAAAACGUAGAAUACCAGCUUGGGCACGGGGCUAUGUAAAGAAAGUUCACAAAAAGAAGAAAAUCGCAUUUGAUGAAAAUGUAACUGUAUCUGAUAACAAAGUAUGUUUAACCAAUGAAACAACAAGUAUAGAUUUAGAAAAAUUCCAAGAAUUUGAAACUGAAGCAAACAGUGUUUUGAAUGGUCAUGUACCUCUGUUUGAUAAUUCUGAUUCUGAAAACGAUUCGCAAAAUGAAAGUUCAAAAGACAUGCAAGGAAUUCAAAGCAAUAAUGUCAGUGAUCAGCAUAUUGAUGAAAUUGAAAAUAUGGAUAUAUGUUUUACGGAAGAAGAGAAGAAUGCGGAAAAUAGUGCAUCUAAUUCAUCGUCUAGACGGGGAAGUAUAGAUGAAUUAUCAUUUGCUAUUGAAAGUGAUUCUAGUCCAGCCAGAUUUGAAGAAAACGAAAAGUUUGUAGUAGAUAGGAAUGAAUUGGAGAAUGCAUGGCAAACAACCGUUGAAAUUACCAAGGAUUUUCCUGUAGAAGUACUAUGUGACAUUUAUGUGCAACUGAGUCGAUGUGUAGGAAAAUAUGCUCAGAGCUACGAUAGAAAAUCACUGCCAAAGUUACUGAUAAUUAAUAAGAGGAAGGAGGUAACUUUAAUAUUAUAUAGAAUAUAUGAAGAAAAACCGAAAUGGUGCAUUCGAAUUUCGAUUUUUAAAGACAUGGUGAAGUAUAACUGUGCGUUAAUCUUACAAGGAAAAGAAUGAUCAUUAUAUAUGAAACUAAAAGGAUACGAUUUUAAUCAUUUAUCCCUCAGUAUCUAAAUAUAAAAUGAUAAAUUAUUAUAAUAAUAUUGGCUUAUAAUUAUUAGUGGCUCACAUAAUAUAUCUCACAGUAAAAAAUUUUGAUAUCAAAUUUAGGUACUUCAAUAAUCAUACAUAAUUCUCAGUUAAUUAUAAAUUUUUGCAUAAAAAUUGGUAUAAAAAUGCAAUAAAAGAAAUUAGUUAGAAAACUACAAAUAAUUUGUUUUCUGUGCAAGUUGAUUUUAGUGGGAUACUUGUGAAAUAAUUUUUGCGUUAAUAUAUAGUACUUCAUGCCUGAAAGAAGUAUAUUUCUUCAUAACAAAAUUUUGCAAAUGAUGGUUAUACAAAGAUGAUGGUAAUUUAAUACAAUACGUACUUAACUAUAGUUUUUUACAUGUGGUACUUGGCAGUACAUUAUAUCAAAUUAUUUUAUUGUAUCUGCACAUAGUAGAAUUCUAACAAAUCUUCAUAAAAUACAUUAUAGAUUCAUUAUAUGCGCCAGUUAUUACUUUGGAUUUUUACAGACCUUUACAUAAUUUUUAUAAAAGUACUUUAAACAUAGACAUAUCUUGACAUAUAGGUUCCAACAUGCAUAUAUAAGGUCAUAUGUGCUCUAUUUCGUGAAUUGUUUAGUAAAGUAAUACUCAAUAUAAAAAUGUCUAAGUUUUAAAUUUAAAUUCAGUAAUUUUAUAUAAUUUUUUUACUGUUUCAUUAGAGGUUAUUAAUCAAUCAUUAAAGCAAUGAGAACUUAAAAACAAAUUUCAUAAAUUGUAAAACAUGUAAAUACAUUCCAAAUUUUAUGAACAAUAUUACAUAUUGCAUAAUUAAAUAUUUUUGGCAUGUACAUAAUGGAUUUUUAGGAGUAACUUGUACUAGAUUUUGAUAUUUAUUAUAUGCUUUCUUUUCGUAUUUAAAAAUCGUGGAUAAUUUAGUAAAUUAAAUUUAGAUAAUCCGUGUACUAUUUAAAAUAACGCUUGAUACAAUGAUUUUUCAUCAAUGUGAAUAAAAAUUACUUGUAUCUAGUAUAAAUUUGUCAUUCUUAUAUACAUUAGUGAUUGGUCAUGUAUAGUGACUGGUCAUGAAUGUUAUCAUGGCAUUAUUCAAAAUUUGAAUUUGUUAUUUUAAAUAGUACGAUUUUAUUGAGUACAAUUAUGAAAUUAUAUAGUUGAAUUAUAUUUAGAUAAUUAGUUUUUUAAUUAUAAUGUGGAUAAUGUACAAUUGAAAUGUGGUACAUGCUCGUCGGUUUAUUUUAACCAAAGUUAUUAAAGUAAUUAAAAAAUAGAUUUUGAUUCAGUUAUGGGUAUAACAGUGGAUAUAAUUGAAAAUCAGUAUAAAUAUGAAAUACCUCGGUAAAAAUCGUAAACAUAUGCAAAGAAAAUCGUAUUUGUAUAAAUAUUAGAAAAUAUUUAAAAUAAAACUUACAUUCUAGAUUCGUAUAGUGGUUGUGAUUUAUACUGUAACUGUGAAAGAAUAGUUACCAAACAUUAUAGAUGAGAGAAAAAAGAUUUUAAUGCAUUCUAGAGUGCAAGUAAUAAGUUCUUCCUAUUGACAUUGUUCAUAUGAAUAGUAUUCACUUAUAUAAGAAAACAAUGUGUUAGCAAAUGAAUUUCUUUAUUUAGUUUAAUUAUUUACAUGCAUAUAUAUAUGUAGAGUACAUACUAAGUUUAAAAUGGAUAGUAAGAAUUAAUAGUAACUCUUAUGAUCAAGCAUGUAACAAAUAAUAUUAUAUUCUUAAAAUAAUGUUAUGUAACCAAUAACUGAUACAAUUUCAAAUAUUAUGAUAUGUUAUUAAUAAAUUGGUAGCUAACUUUAUAAUUUGUUAUGUUUAUAUUAGUCAAAAUUUACGAAUGUGAAAAUUAAAUUAAAUAUUAUAAAAAAUUCAUUUUUCAAUUGUAGCGAGUAUUAUAACUGAGUUUUACGAAAUUAUAAUUAAAUUACUUAAUAUUUGUUAGAAUAUAGGGAUGAAAAGACUGAACUCUAGAAAUGCUCACUACAUAGUAUUUAUUCCCUUUGUGUGUUACUCUCUAUAUUAAAAUUGAGCUAGCAAAAUAAUUUUCAGUACUCUAUUAGAUGAAUUUCUUUAAUGUACAUACCAAAUUUUGAAAUAAAAUAAUUUAUAUAUAUAAUUUUUAGGACAAUUAUCUAUAUGUUUAAUGUUUUGAUAUAUGCUUGAUGUUUUAGGAUGAUAUAUUAGAGUUCAAAGAAUGAAUGAAUAUAAUUUACGGUAAAAAUAUGUCAUGCCAAGAAAAUUCAUUUUAUUUUCAUUGCUAAUUAAUUAUAAUAUUUUUAAAAAAUUUGUAUUCUUUUCAUAAUUUAAUUUAGUAUUAUAUGUGAAGUUAUUUCUGUAUUUAAUUAUUAGUAUUAAAAAUGUUCCAUGCGCAUACAUAUACUGUUUUGUAUAAAAUUAAACUGUACUAACAGUAAAGGAACUAAUGUUUAAAAGUUUACUAAAAUUUGUAGCAGUAUUUCAAAAAAUUUAAAAAUAUUUGUUAAUAUCUUUGUUAAGAUAUCUUUUUAUAACCGUACAUGAAAUACAAAUGAUUUAAUAAGAAUUCAAAUGUAAAUUAAAAGAUCUUAGUUCACGUAUUUCUGCACAAUUUAGAAUUUAAUUUGGACUUUUAAUAAUUGGGAUGCUUUUUAAUUGAGUAAUUUAUUUAAUUUUACAUCAAGACACUUCACACGAAAUUUAGUAAAAUUGAGGAUUUGAAUAUUGUACUUUCUCUUGCUCAGGUGUCUAUCCUUUUAUGAUAAGGAUAAUCAACAUUAUAUAAACUAAUGCUACAUUAUGGAAAUUGAAUAAGUAUUGGUAUUGAUGUUAGAUAAAGAGAACUAAGUUAACAAAAAUAUUGUUACCAUUAUAUGAUAUCAUUUAUAGCACUCAUGAUAUAUAGGAAGCAAGGAAUUUAAAGUACUAAAAAUGAGCUGUAAUAUUGCUUCUAGUUUCUAAAGCAUUAACAAAAAGUUCAGCGAUAUGAAAUUUUGUUUGAAAUUUGUAUGUUAAUGGUAUAGUCUAUAUUCAGAUAUUUCUUAUCAUCUCAAUUUAAUUCAGUAAUAUAGUAUCCAUAAACUUUUAUUUAAUUCAAGUAUACCCAUUAAAUAUCGCUGAUAUUUGCCAAAGAAUUUGUAUAAUAUCUCAAUGAUAAAGAUUGAAAUGUAAAUCUUGAUAAAUAGCAAAUGAUACAGAAAAAUCACAUAUACAAUUAAUACAGAUUAAAAAAAGGACAUUAAUUGAAUCAUUGUGACUUUUCUGUUUCCAUUGAUAUAUUUUACAUUCCACUUUAUGAUAAAUAAAUCCGAAACGUAAUUAUUCCAAGAAUAAUUUCUGGUGCUAUUUUCUGAUGUGCUAUCAUCUCUGUAUUACCAAGAAUAAGCAAAAGACAAAAAAAAAUUGUGUAAUUACAUGUACAUUGUAUUAAUCGAGAGGUUCCCGUAACCACUGCCGUUUGAACUAACUAAUAUAAUUACUUUGCUAAAAUAUUCGGAUAAUAAAGAUCGUAAUGCUGCUAUUUGCAAAGAACAUAUUGAUCUACGAAUUUAAUGAAAUUUUUAUUGAAUAUGUAUGUUCGUACAAUAUGACCUUUGGCAGACAGUAGUUUCAGACAUAUGAAGCAUAUGCGUAAAAGAUAUAGGAAACAAAACAAAAGAGCAUACACUGCCUUAUUUAUUUUACCAUACAGGUAAUAAGUUUUAUUGUCAUUCAUUGUAGCAUAAUAAAUUGAAAUUUCAUAAUUGUAA